ACACACAGCCGCUCUGAGUACAGUCAGUCAGACUGUGCUCCGCCUGUGUGACCGGCUGUUCCCGAUUCCGUCACCGCCGCGCGCUACAGUAUUCGAUUCAGACGAAUAUUCGGCGCCGCUUUCUCAGACUAAACGAAUCGAGUCGCCGAGUGUAAACAAACGCCGGCUUUAUUUCCGAUUUCUCCAGAGUACCACCACCGCUACCGCUCCGGACCGCUGGAUUUCUGGGUUUUGACUGCCAUCAACGUAUUUCCUCAACCACCUGCCUUAAUCUACUAAUCAAAACGACUUGAGAUUCUGGACCAAUCCUGUGGCCAAAUCCAUGAACAGGGAGGUGCCAGGCAACAGAGCAGUCAGUUUACGAAGGUAAAAUAAAAUGGAAGUUGCUGUGCCGGAAGAACCUCAGAAGAAGAUUUUCCGCGCCCGGAAAACAAUGAAGAUGAGUGACCGUCAGCAGCUGGAAGCUCUCCACGGCACUUUAACCAGUGCGGCCUCAAACUCUUCGGCGUCUUCCUCCCCCUCCUCUUCCUCGCGUCCUCAGACGCCACUGAUGAACGGAACGCAUGUGGAGGAUGGAGAGAAUGUGAAAGAAAAGGAGAAAGACUGGCCUCCAUCCUCUCGAUCGCCCUCGCCUUCCGUGAAGGACGUGGCCGAUAGUGAGCAGGAAAAGGGACAGAGCGAGAGGAAGGAAGAAGCGAAGCCAGAGGAGGCUGAAGUUGACAAGAUGGAAGCCUCUACUUCUGACCAGAAUGACCCGAAAACUACUUCCUCUGACCAACUUUUCAAUGGGGAAACUGCUCCAAUGGACGAGGACAGCCCCUCUCCCGACAAUGCUCCAGUAGAAGAAAAGGAGGAGAAAAGCGUCAAGAGCUCGUCGUCUUCUGUUUCCGGCUCUCCCGCCACCAACAUGGACUGUGACCCAGAAGUGAAGGAAGGCUUCCUUUUCCUCAGUGAGGAGGACGAAGGCCAGGGAGAGCGGGAUGAGUCCAAAACUGAGAAAAGUGAGGUGAAGAAGGAGGCUGAUGCUGUAAAAGAGGAGAAGAAGGAGGUAGCAGAGCCUUCGCAAGCAUGCAAGACGGCAGAUGGCACAGGCAACAGCACGCCUGCAGGAAAGAAGAGAUCCUUCUCGCCAGAAGGGGAAAAAGAUGGACUGAAGGCUGAAGUUAAAGAGGAAAGAGAUGGGAAGAGAGCAAGAGUGGAUGGAGUGGAGCUGGAAGCACAGCUAGAGCUGAAAAUCACAGCCAAAGCAGGCAGUCGUAUGAAACUGGAGAAGGUGGUGCAGCAGCUGGUGGAAGAUCGGUUGCGAGUGCUGCAGCUGACUGUGUUUGACCGCAAUCUCAAGGAACUCAAGGAGAGGGUGGACAAGAUUGACAACACCACUAAACAGCAGAAUGCCCUGCAACACAUCACCACCCUGCAGGCUAAGAUUUCCCGAUUGGCUAAAAAGUUUGGAGCAGCUAACCAGGCUUCUGAAAACUACAAAAAAGCUCAAGAGACUCCUGCUGCCAAGACCACUGCCACACACACAAUCAGCUCAACUCAACGGACCAUGCUAGAUCCUAAACAUCACAGUGCACCUGCAGGAACCAGCUCUAUGGCUACCCCAACUCAGCCUAAACCUUUCUCCACUCCGACUACGGCAACUUCCUCUGCCUUGGCUGCAUCUGCUCCUAUCCUCCAGAUCCUCACCACAGCUCCAGGCUCCACCCCCUCGUCCUCUACCUCCUCUCUGGCCGGCCAGACCCAGACAGGCACUCUGCUGCUGCAGACCCGGCCCAACCAGGGCGUUAUGACCACCAGCUCGGGCACAUCAGGCAACCAGCCUAUGUCCAUCCAGCUGAUCCAGGUGCCACUGGCCAUGGCCAACGGACAAGCGGGGACGUUGGCGGGGGGAGUCGGUCUGAUCCCGGUUUCUUCACUAGCCAAUGUGAACAGUCUUAACAAGACCAAGACCACCACACCCACCACCACGAUCAUCCUGCAGAAAUCGGCGGGAAAUGUCGUCUCUUCUUCCUCGCCGCUUUUAUCCUCCACGGCUCCACAAAUGUCGUUGGGCAGGUCGAUGUACCAGGGGGGUUCAGGGACUGUCAGUUCACCUAGCGCUGCUGUUUCUGUGACGACGGCUCGCACGCCAACACAGUGUGCCCCUGUAGUGGGAGUGGCUACGGCCUCGUCGUCCCCGGCAACCACAGGACCCGCGGCAACUGGCUCAGCAGCAGCUGCUGCUACCGGUCCAUCUUCUGCAUCUGCGAUGACUUCCAAGACAGAUAAUCAAGCCUCUGCUCCAGCCAAAUCUCCUUCACAGUCUGGUCGACCCAAGAGUUCCUUCAUAGAUCUGACUGAGGAUGACGACGAUGUGCAAGUGACAGGCGUGCAGAAGGCUUCUGCUCCUUCUAAUGCCACCUCUACCCAGAGACCCUCAGGGCCACCCCCGUUAGUCAGCACCGCCACUGUUGCAGGCCGCUCUGGAGUGCAGCAUCGACCCUCUGUGGACUCUCCCUCCAGAUCUCGUCCAGGCUCUUCUUCCUCAGCUCCUCUUCCACCGUUGCCGUUAGCUCCGACCCCUCCAACCCGGCUGCCCCCAGAGGCCGCCCACACCUCGCCACCCCAGCAGCCGCAGUUAAAGCUGGCCCGAGUCCAAAGCCAGAACGGCAUUGUCCUGUCCUGGUGUGUGGCGGAAACGGAUCGUAACUGCGCAGCGGUGGACAGCUACCACCUGUACGCUUACCAUCAGGACCACCAGGGGGCAGCGGCGACUGUCUCGUCUCAGCUGUGGAAGAAAAUCGGCGAGGUGAAGGCGCUCCCCUUACCCAUGGCCUGCACGCUCACCCAGUUUGUGUCUGGCUCUACAUACUACUUUGCCGUUAGAGCCAAAGAUGUGUACGGACGCUUCGGGCCGUUCUGCGAACCGCAAUGUACAGACGUCAUUAACCCGCCGUCCUCUUCUUGAGCACGCUGAGGAGCAUGCAGACUGGAGGAGUAAAAUGGACAAAUAUACAACAAGUGGGAUUAAUAGAACUAUUAAAGACACGUCAGACUGUUGGGUUAGUUAGGACUGUUCUGGUAUUAGGAAUGGCGUGACUGUGGAGAGGAUGUUUAACACACACACACACACAAACACAAACACACACAUGCACAUAAAAAAAACACCCUCACACACACUAAAACAGACUUGCACACUAUUAAAUUUGACAUUAAUUUUAAGGAAAUGUUGGAGUUGGCACCAGUGUGAAUCCUCCCUAAAAGGAAACUUUCCAUGUGUAGAUUGGUUGUACAGAGUUAAGUGUUGAACUGAUAGGUCAGAUAUUUAUACGUUGUAUUUGGUCUGUUUCGAAUUUUUGGUUCUUUGGUUCCAUUUUUUUUUUAUGAAUUACUCUUUUUUUAAUAAAAAGACAUUUAAAUACAUUGCACAUAUGCUCCAUAAUAUGGCCUGGUUUAAAGCUACGGAGAAAGACAGUGGUGGCAUUAAUGCUUUUGUAAUGUCCUGUCUGGUAACCAGACACCCUGAGAACAACAUUCAAAUAAAGGUAUUGACUUGAAAGCAAAGUACAAA